CAGCUCAGCAGAUCUCGUCUUCUAUCACACACCACAAACAUCAAGGCAUCUUGUGUACAUCAUGUUACUACAACCCAACCCCAACUCAGCAAGCGGCCGUAUUCCCUUGGCCAAAUCAAAUUUAGAUGAGUAUAAUCCACCUGAGUUUGUGGCAUUUGAUGUUUUGAAGCCAAGGGGACCUCCGGAUGAAGAAACACAAGCCACAAGUCUCUCAGUAUUGAGUGUUGACAUGCGUGUGACGGAGAACAAAAAAGACCACAACACUGACAAGUAUGUGAGCUCCAACCUCAUCGUGCGCAGGAAUAAAGAGUUCACCAUCAUCAUCCAUUUUAACCGGGACUUCAAUGAACAGGACAAUGUGGAGUUGGAGUUCCUGAUUGGCAGUUUACCUGAUGAAAACAGGGGCACCUACAUUAUUUUGCCCAUUGGUAAAGAGAAACCUGAAGUGCUCUGGAAGAGUCGUGUGGUGGAAACACAAGGCAGUUAUGUGACCAUUGGCGUAACACCAGACGCCAGCUGCAUCAUUGGUCGGUUUCAAACCUUUGUUGUAGUUGUGAGUAAUUUGGGAAAACAGCGCACUGUGAGGAACACUGACACCGAUGUCUAUGUGCUGUUCAAUCCUUGGGACCCUGCGGAUCAGGUGUACAUACCCAGAGAGAUCGACAGACAGGAGUAUGUGAUGAAUGAUGUGGGGACCAUCUACAAUGGAGAUGCCAAUAACUUUAUCUCCCGUUCAUGGAACUUUGGACAGUUUGAAGAGGGGGUUCUGGAUGCCUGUCUUUUUGUUCUGGAUUCUGGGAAAGUACCACUAAUUUUCCGUGGAAGUGCCCUUGAAAUUGUUCGGCAAGCAUCAGCUCUGUUAAACGCCAAUGAUGAUGAUGGUGUCCUGGUUGGCAACUGGAGUGACGAUUUCUCCAAUGGCACAGCACCCACUGCCUGGACUGGAAGUCCUGAAAUCCUGCUCAAAUAUGCUAGAGAAGGUGGUGUUCCUGUGUCCUUCGCUCAGUGUUGGGUGUUUGCCGGCGUAAUGAACACUCUUAUGCGCUGUCUCGGGAUCCCUACACGGGUCAUCACCAACUUCAGCUCUGCUCACGACAACACGGGCGACCUGAGGACAGAUAUUGUGCUAGACCAAUACGGGAGAGUAGACCGAAGCCGAACAAAAGAUUCAAUCUGGAACUACCACUGCUGGAAUGAGGUGUACAUGAUGAGACCUGAUUUGCCGAAAAAAUUCUCUGGCUGGCAGGUGAUCGACUGCACCCCUCAGGAGACCAGUGAUGGUCUUCAUCGGUGUGGCCCAACGUCUGUCAGUGCCAUAAAAGAAGGAGAGCUUAGCUAUCCCUUCGAUGCAAAGUUUGUCUUUGCCGAGGUGAACGGUGAUGUGAUAUUCCAUCGGUCUAAUAAGCAGGGAGAAGUGAAGGUUAUCUAUGUGGACACCGGGUAUGUUGGAAAGCUCAUUUUGACAAACAAACCAGGCAGUAGCAUCUAUGAGGACAUCACUUCUACCUAUAAAUAUCCAGAAAAAACCCUCAAGGAGAGAGAGGUCUGGCAGAAUGCCGAGCGUUCCGGCAUUCCUGCUAGGGAUUAUUUACCACUCACUGAAGCAGGAGUGACCUUCGAGCUCAAGGCCGACGCCGUAAAAAUGGGUGAUAACUUCAAGCUGAUGCUGAACAUUAACAAUCAGACCAGCCAGACCUGCACCAUCAAUGCUACCAUCACUGGCUGUGUGGCGUUUUACACGGGCGUCACCAGCGAGACCUUUAUGCUGGAAAACAAAGCUGCAACUGUGGAAGCCUCGAAGACUGAGUCCCUGACGGUAUAUGUCAAUGCUUCGGAGUAUACACCAUAUCUGAUGGAUAAGGGCAACCUGCUCUUUGUGGCCUAUGGGCUUAUUGAGGAAACCAACACGUCCAUCUCUACGAUGAAAGUAGUCACUCUCCAGCCUCCUAAACUCACAAUAACGAUGUCGGGAACCCCGCGAGUUGGCAGAGAUCUCACGAUCAGUGUGGAUUUCCAGAAUCCCUUUAAUUUCAUCCUGCGAAAUGUUCAGCUCCGCCUUGAUGGACCUGGUCUGAUACCAACCAAAAUAAAAUAUUACAGCCAGAUAUUACCUGGUGGCUCAGUGAGAUAUAAAGUGUCGAUGGUCCCUCGAACUCCUGGAAGAAAGGUGCUGAUGGCGGUUCUAGACGCCCCAUUACUGAGACAGGUCACCAAUCAGCUAGUAAUCCAAAUAUAUUGAAAGCUGAAUGACCGCUAAGAGUGAACAAGAGAUGGGAGAAGACAGGAAGAGAAAACAGAGUUUCUUUGCUUUGUCAAUGUUGUUUUGAAAGAGCAAAUUCCUCCUCCUCACCAUACAGAAUUUCCCUCAAAAAUGAUUUCAACUCAUGUCGUUUCAAACCCAGGUGUCUUUCUUCCGUGAAACUUUUUUUUUUUCUGUGAGGAAAAAAGAAGGGUUUUUGGUCCAUAGAAUUAGUCAUAAAGGUUUGAGUGACUUUUAAAAAAAUUACAUCAGCAAGUGUGAGAACUGUAAUAAAUAGUGACAUCCAUUGAAAUCUGUAGUGAUCAUUAACAUGCGUUUUGUUUGGGGUAGAUAAUACUAACUGUAUUAUUCACUAUAUAUUGUUUAUUUUCUCUGCUAUAAUGUCAUGGACUGCUAUCUGUUAAUCACUCUCACUAUCCUACACACACACACGACAGAAAGAGGUUUUUGCACAUCCUUGUUAAAACAAGUCAAAUUCUGGGAAAGCAGAAAUGAUUCAGUGAGAUAUGAGCAGAGAAUAUGUUGAGCAUUUCUUUACAACCCAUUUUUUUUCACAACAGGGAGUCAGUUAGCCAUAGCUAUAACCAGUUUUCUUCUAGAAAAUCUUAAAUGAGGCAUUAGAAAGGUAGCUGAAAUAUUUACUAAACUAACACGCCAAGCAUUAAAAUUUCUUGCAAUUCUGUAAGUGAGCAUUUGUGCAGGUCUUGCAUCACAUAAAUGCUGGCAAAAAUCUAAUAGUUUUGUAUAUUUUGACUUUACAAAGCCAGUGGUAUGUAUCAACUCGUCUUAGUUUAGGGAAUAACAUAGUUUAAUAUGAAACAACAGUGGAGUAUCCCUUUAAGGUUACGCAUACUGUCCAGGUGGAGGGCUCCGAGAUCAGAAUUUCUACCCGAACCCAGAGUACUCCCCUCUUUGGUAAGGUUAGAUUGAACUAAAGUGAGGAGGUUCUGCUGUUAUUUAUCUUGUCCUGAGUUGAUUACUGAUUGAUCUCCACUUGUGCUAAUUGUGUUAAUUAUCUGCACCUGCUCCUCCUGAACCUUGUUAAUAAAACAUAAAGUGAGUAAAGAAA